CAGCGCCAAAAAUACUUUUCAUGUUAUGCCUUCCACUUCGGUUUCAUAACCAAACCCUUGUAACCCCCGGAACUUAUACGCUGCACGCGAUAAUAAUGGCGCGACGGGGGAUAGUUCUGGCGCUAACUUCUGUGGCGUCCGGCGAAAUUAUUUUCGUGGACCCUGUUCGCGGAGACGAUGCCUCUUUGGACGGCAGUUUUGCCAGCCCGUUCAAGACCAUCCCCCGAGCCCAAGCCGCAGUGCGAACCCUACUCGUCCAACAACUUGCCGCCAAUGCUUCGGCCCCUGUGGAUGUAGUGUUGCGUGGCGGAACACACGUGCUAACUUCAACAUUGGAGUUCGGCCCCCUAGACAGUGGACUCUCUGCCGCAGGCACCGUCACGUACAAGCCGUACUGUGAUCCAUUGCACCCUUCCGAUAUGUCCAUCACGCCAUUUCCAUACGUCAUGGGAGCGUCCACUCCACUUCGGUACUUGUGGAAUGGCAUAGGGGAUGCGAAUGCAUGGCUAGGGCCUGACGACCCGCUGAUUCAGCUGGGUGUGAACCCCCUCAACAGAACGCUACCACCCAAAGUGCCGUGGCCAGGGUCCACCGACACAUGUGUGGACAAAGUCAAUGUCGGCCACACAUGCUACUCUACCACGACCGCCCCUUGUGUUCAAGAUUGCAUGGCUGCAUGCCAGCGAAAUGUCGACAAGCGCGUGUACUCGGACGCCGUGUACAGCGAAUUCUACCUCUUGUUUGGCCGAGAUCUGACCAAGGAGGAAGAGUGCGUUGAAACGUGUUCUGUGUCGUGCACAACUUGCGAAAGGGUGACGAUUUCCGGCAUGCAGACAGUUGUGAACGGAGCAUGGACGCCCUACACGCCAUCUAGUUGGCACCUUCCCCAAACUACGAUAUAUGCGUUGGACUUGACGUCGCUCGCGAUUGCGGAUCCGCCCUCUGACUUAUAUCUGAAUGGACUUCGGCUGCCCCCAGCCAGCGUCCCCAACGUCGUUUUCUCGGACAACGAUACGCAGUGGACCCCACAGUAUGCUCCCGUAGACGAAUCAAAGUCUACUGGUCGAGUUUUGAUCUACAAUGCGACUACGUUAUCAUCCAAGACGACCCACUGGACCCAACUAGCUUUCGCUCAAGUCGACAUUGUUCGAAUGCCUUCGUCGGGAGGUGGAAAUUCUCGCCAUGCGAUUUACGCCAUGAAUCAAACCACCAUCGACUUGGAUGCUGGCGGCGGACAAUUAAACGGCGACGAGUAUUUCCAUGGCCCGGCGUGGCCUACUGUGACGGGGUUUCGGGUGGAAAAUAUCUUUGAAGAGCUGGACGCGCCCGGCGAAUGGUACUACGACUCAACGACGUCGACCUUGUAUAUGAUCCCGCCGCGUGGUGUCAUCCCAAGCGAGUCGACGAUCGAAUUUCCCCGCCUGAAACAGCUCAUCCGAGUCCGCGGCACCCCAGGCGUUGACGUCGGUUUUUCAGAGCCUGGCCGCGACACGAUUGUCACGGCCAUCGAGACAGAGGCCGCGUAUCCGGCGCCGCAACUGCUGUUGGCAGCGAAUUUAGCCUUUGAUGGCCUUGUUUUCACGGGCACCCAACGCACAGACAUGGAGCUAUAUGAAACCCUUCCUGGCCAUCCAUGGACCCAAACACGAGUUGGGGCGAUGUACAUUGAAAGUGCCAUGGCUAUUCAAGUGCAGCACUGUACAUUUUCCAAAUUGGGAGGCAACGCGAUAUUCGUAUCCGGGCGAACCGAGUAUGUCCACAUUGCCCUCAAUCAUUUCACGCAAGUAGGCGCCACGGCUGUGUCUAUCGUGGCCAAGUCUGUGACCCCCGACGACCCGACGCACCCGCGCCAAUUUCUUCACUCGAGACGUACCACUGUCUCGUACAAUCAAAUGCACGACUACGGCCUCGUCACACGGCAAAGUGCGGCCGUGUUGGUCGUCGGGACGAGCCAAACCACAGUGUAUAACAACUUGGUCUACGCCAUUCCGGUCGGCGGCGUGAGCUACAGUGCCGCAAAUGCCAACGCAGACGGCAACGUCGCCCAGCUGCUCGUUCGUCCGCUGGAGUCACCAGUCGUACUCGCUGAAACCCUAGCCCCAUUGUUAGGUGGCCUGUACACGACACCGUUGAACUUGGGUCGUAUCGACAGAGUCGUGUACCCUCUGCAGGCCAAGAUCAUUGGAGGUCCGGAAUGCGCGCCAGCAAUGGGUCGGGUGGGAGCAUUGUACGGCCAGCAGCACGCGGGGUGCUCCGACUGCUGUCUGACCACUCAAGGCACAGCUAGCAUUCGAAAUGCACCGCUUGGAAUGUCCGCAUUUACUUUGGUCGUGCCUGUCCAACCCGGCAAUGUGUUAGACAUCCAGGUUCAAUCCGCGGGAUACUAUGACGCGCCCGUAGACGUCCACGUCGGGUUUCACUUUGUCACACCCAAUCGGCUCGUGGAACUGCCGCGAUGGCGCGUGCAUUGGCGCGUGCGAACGCGAUUCUGUAUCGAACACAACUCCCAGCAAACCGUAAGCUGCACUGGUCCGUGCGGCUGCCACGUAUCUGCAGGUGUCGACAACAUGCCGCCGUGCACUGCAGGAUAUGACGUCCAACCAACGAGUUUGGCUUGCGAAGGUCCAUUUCAAGCUUGGAGCACAUGUGAAACGGGGUCCAUGGCACGAGUGCUCUACUACAACUGUACCCAAACGUGUCUUCGCAGCGUGUGUGUGUGAUACCGUGACGUGGCAGAAGGAGACAACGAGAUUAUUAUUUACUGUUAGGGUAACUUUUUAUGAAUUCGGAUAAUGGGAAA